AUGGGUGGCUUCCUACGUUCGUCGGUCGCGCUCGCCUCCAUGCUCCUCGCUCUUGCAACAUCCGACGCGCUGGCCGCACCGUUGCGAGUGUCGCUCUCCAACAAUCCCACCACAUGUCAGCCGAUGACCGUCACCUGGGAUAUUUCGGCAGGAACGGCGCCUUGGACAGUCACUGUCGCCCCUCUCGGACACGUGCCAGUGUCCGUGUCCCUACCCGCCAACUACAUGUCCGGCAACUCGUGGCACUGGAAGUGGGACGUUCCCGGCUACACCACCGCCGUUUCACAAGUGAUUGUCGCCGUGUCGGACAGCACAGGUCGCGUCAGCGGUACCUCUGCACUCUCGACGCUUUCAAAAGCUGGUUCAUGUUCUGCGCCUGCCGAGCAUCUCGACUUUAUCUGGUAUCCUCCUUCCUCGAGUCCAAAGCAGUGCGAUGACUGGCGCAUCACGGUUCAAGAAGACCGCGGCAAUCUCGGCCUCAAGAUGCCCGUCGAGCUGCUCAUCCUGCCCGAGAACGACGUGCCCACCCUGCUGCGCAUCAACGAUCAAAGACAUAGCAGCGUCGACUGGACCGUCAACUACCCUCGCGGCACCAACUUCGCCAUCGCAUCAUUCGACGCCGGCACCUCGGGCACCGGCGGCGUAGGCGGCUCAGCAUACACAGUCGGUCGCGGCAGAGCCGCGUCAUGCAUCGGCUCGGCCCAAAAAGAGGCCGUCGCAGGCCUCCCGGCAGCCUCAAGCACCGCCUCGCUAGUGUCUCCCACCUCGUCUGCCGCCUCGCGCAUGGUCACCUCGCGCGUGGCGGCCACCGCGACGGCCACGAAUGCCAAGGCAGCUCCAACAACCACGGCUGCUGCAAAGACAGAUGCGGCUGCUGCCAAGUCGAGUGGCUCAAGCGGCGUCAUCGGCGGCGCUGUGGGCGGCGUGCUUGGCGCUUUCGCCAUCGUCGGUCUCGUCAUCUUCUUCUACCGAAGACAGCGGAACAGCAAAGGCCCAGACGAGUACGGCGUGUACGCCAACAACGAGAAGCGGUCGUUCUUCGGCGGCUUUGGGUCCGGCCGCUCGGCCGACCGCUACGGAUACAGCAGUCGUGGUGCGGAUGGCGCGCGGAUCGGCGCGUCCACGGACCAGCAGGGUGGCAUCUCUCCGUUCGUCACCGGCCGUGCUUCGCCCUGGCGCUGGUCAGCACGGCCUGUCGGUCUUGCCGACGAUCAAGACAUGGCGCAGGUAGAUGGCGAACGGAGGGCCAUCCUGGCGCGCAUCAACGACGGGGCGAGCUCGGUUGGGCAUUCGAGUUCUGUGAGCCUGCACCGCGGCAGCGACUCGAUCGGCGGCUCGGGCGGCAUCACAGGACUCAAAGGCGCUCCCAGUGUGCAUUCGGUCGUGCCGGACGAUGCGCUCUUCCCGCCGCCGAUGCCGAUCAACCGCGCCAUGAUGCCAGGCCAGGCCGCAUUCAACGGUUAUCCUCCAGCCUCUAUGGGACCUGGCGUCGGCGUCGGCGUCGGUGCCGGUGUGGGAGCGGGAAUGGGCGCUAUCGGGAUGAAGCAGGCGUGGAAUCGGGAUCGCUCCGACUCUGGCAGUUCGCAGCGCGAUCCCUUCCGCAACCCGCCCAUAGGCCCGACCACGCCUCCCAAGGAGCUUGCCGCCCUCGCAGAAUACUCGCAGCAGCAUGUGCGGGACGCCGGCUGGUCGCGCCAGCAUCCUGCGUCGCGCGAUUCCAUGGCCGCCAUCGCCGGACUCCCGCUCUCGCCCUCGUCGACGUACACCGCAGGUGGACCGACGCGAUCGCGCGAUUUCACUGGCAUGGCUCCCGCAAGCUCGUUCGCGCCUCCUGAGCCCAUCCCGGAACAAGACUUGUCGACCAUGCGCAUUCCGCCUCCCGCACCCAUCUCGACGUCGCUCUUCGAUCCCUACGCCCACGCCUCGCGGCUCUACUCGCAGGACGACGUUGCGCACAUCUCGGCCGCGCUCGCCCGCGACAACGCCGCCACCCCAAACUCGCUCAAUUCGAACGCCAGCGCGCCCAGAUACGUCGACCCAAAGGAGUCGGCCGCGCGCUUCAGAACGCUCGACGCCCAGCUUCUGGACGAACGCAAAAAGGUCGUCUCCAACAUCUACGACGACGAUCAGGACUCUGACGACGAGGGCGGCCUCCCGUACAUGUCGUGA